CAACACUGACAGUGAGGAUAGUUAGGUGAAGUUGCUCUGAAAUAUUAACACUGACAGUGAGGAUAGGUGAAGUUGCUCUGAAAUAUCAACACUGACAGUGAGGAUAGUUAGGUGAAGUUGCUCUGAAAUAUUAACACUGACAGUGAGGGUAAUUAGUUCAAGUUCAUCUGAGAAAUCAACACUGAGAGUGAGAGUAUUUAGUUGAAGUUCGCCGGACCGUUGGGCCAUAGUUCUAACUAAAGGUGAGUGAAAACUUCUACCUUUAAUCUGAUAGACUCGUUUCUUACUUCUUUGUACCGUGAACAAUAGAGUGGAGUAAUAGUUGCUUUACUUAACUUGUUUCACAGACUCUUCCUAUCGAAUGUUGCACUGGGUGUUACUGUGAAGGUUAAACUUAGUGCUACUGUGAAUGUUACACUUGGUGUUACUGUGAAUGUUAAACGUGUUGUUACUUAUUAAAUGUUAAACUUGGUGUUACUGUGAAUAUUAAACUUUGUGUUACUUAAUGAAUGUUAAAUUUGGUGUUAACGUGAAUGUUAAACUUGUUGUUACUGUGAAUGUUAAGCUUGGUAUUACUGUGAAUGUUAAACUUGGUGUUACCGUGAAUGUUAAACUUGUUCUUACUGUGAAUUUUAAACUUGGUGUUACUGUGAAUGUUAAACUUGGUGUUACUUAUUGAAUGUUAAACUUGGUGUUACGGUGAAUGUUAAACUCGAUGUUACUGUGAAUGUUAAAUUUGGUGUUACUGUAAAUGUUAAACUUGGUGUUACUGUCAAUGUUAAGCGUGGUGUUACUGUGAAUGUUAAGCGUGGUGUUACUUAUUAAAUGUUAAACUUCAUGUUACUGUGAAUGUUAAACUUGAUGUUACUGUGAAUGCUAAAUUUAGUGUUACUUAUUGAAUAAUAAGUCCUGAUGUUAAUUAUAUAUACAAUCAUUACCCCCACUGACCCAAUCCUGAUUUUCAUGGACAAUACAAUCAUUAUCCCACUGACCCAAUCCUGAUUUUCAUGGACAAUACAAUCAUUACCCCCACGGACCCAAUCCUGAUUUUCAUGGACAAUACAAUCAUUACCCUCACGGACCCAAUCCUGAUUAUCAGGGACAAUACAAUCAUUACCCCCCACGGACCCAAUUCUGAUUUUCAUAGACAAUACAAUCAUUCCCCCACGGACCCAAUCCUAAUUUUCAGAGACAAUACAAUCAUUACCCCACGGACCCAAUCCUGAUUUUCAAGGACAAUACAAUCUUUAUACCCAUGGACCCAGUCUCCUUGCUCGUCUGAUUUUAAAAAAAAAAAAAAAAAAAAAAAUUUUUUUCAAAUUUUAUAAAAAAAAAAAAAAAAAAAAAUAAUACAAUCAUUACCCCACGGACCCAAUCCUGAUUUUCAAGGACAAUACAAUCUUUAUACCCAUGGACCCAGUCUCCUUGCUCGUCUGAUUUUAAAAAAAAAAAAAAAAAAAAAAAUUCUUUUCAAAUAUUAUCUAAUCGUUAGAAACAAUAAUACAAUAUCAAACCGAUUCCUAUACAUCAGAGGUCGGGAACCUUUUUGUCUGAGAGAGCCAUGGACACCACAUAUUUUGAAAAGUAAUUCUGUGAGAGCCAUUCAUUAUCUCUAAAACUAAAAAAUUCAAAUAAAUGUGUGCAUUUUGUGUAAUUUCAACACUAAAAAUGCAAUAAUUAUGUCUCUGAAUUCUUUUUAAUAACAUUGUUAUGCUGCUGCAAAUCAAUAAUGAGUAUUUGUUACCAUUAAUGAGACUUUUUUUUUAUAAACGAACAUUUGUCUGCGAGCCAGAUGCAGCCAACAAUAGAGCCACAUCUGGCUCGCGAGCCAUAGGUUCCCGACCCCUGCUAUACAUGUAUUGUGAAGAACUAAACUAAAGACCAACAGAAAGACACAGAAAGUCCGACAUUAAAAAAAAAAAAACUACAUCAGCAAAUGAAUAAUGUAACCGGUCUGCUUCACGGCUGCUGGUUCAUCUGACGUUUCAAAUCAAUAACUUUGUCAAAUAUUUCCUGUAACCAAGGCGUGAAAGUGCAUCGGUCUCCUUAUCUGCAAACUCCAUUUCGUCACCUUUCACUACAGAUAGUUUUUUGCGCGGCUUGUAUAUGUUCCAUUUCGUCACCUUUCACUACCGAUAGUUUUGUGCGCGGCUUGUAUAUGUUCCAUUUCGUCACCUUUCACUACAUAUAGUUUUUUGCGCGGCUUGUAUAUGUUCCAUUUCGUCACCUUUCACUACAGAUAGUUUUUUGCGCUGCUUGUAUAUGUUCCAUUUCGUCACCUUUCACUACAGAUAGUUUUGUGCGCGGCUUGUAUAUGUUCCAUUUCGUCACCUUUCACUACCGAUAGUUUUGUGCGCGGCUUGUAUAUGUUCCAUUUCGUCACCUUUCACUACAGAUAGUUUUUUGCGCGGCUUGUAUAUGUUCAAUUUCGUCACCUUUCACUACAGAUAGUUUUGUGCGCGGCUUGUAUAUGUUCCAUUUCGUCACCUUUCACUACCGAUAGUUUUGUGCGCGGCUUGUAUAUGUUUUGUGCGCGGCUUGUAUAUGUUUUGUGCGCGGCUUGUAUAUGUUUUGUGCGCGGCUUGUAUAUGUUUUGUGCGCGGCUUGUAUAUGUUUUGUGCGCGGCUUGUAUAUGUUUUGUGCGCAGCUUGUAUAUGUUUUGUGCACGGCUUGUAUAUGUUUUGUACCGAUUGAACUGUACCCUGACAUAAAUUCUUAUUUUACAUGCCCCCCCCUCCCCCCACACACACUAUAAAUAAGAUAAGGACAAGAGCGAUUAGGAAAAUUUGAAUAGAUUAAUAGACAUAGAAAUACCAGACGAGGGACACAGUUUAACAAAGCCAUAGAUUAGCGUUUGGUCUGAUAACAGCGUGCACGCCAAGUGUCAUCAGCCCAUGGCUGUGCUGACAGCGUGAUGUGCUAACUUCUGGUUGUUGUUGACGAGUGUGCAACGCCGCUGGUGUUUUCAUUGCGGUUCUCAAGCUGCAAGGAAACGCCGAUGUGUCCACUAAGUAAAAGGAAAAGGAUCUAUCCAUCCAUCCAUCCAUCCAUCCAUCCAUCCAUCCAUCCAUCCAUCCAUCCAUCCAUCCAUCCAUCCAUCCAUCCAUCCUUGUCCCUUACUUUGCCUACUAGAUCAUCAAGUGACAAGCCUGUCCUUUUUACCAUGCUAUCCUUAUCCACAACCCGGUUGCUAUGUGAUGUGUCCGCAACCCCGUACCAUUACUCUGGAUAUUGUGAGCUAACACUACGUGAAUCAGAACCUUCCUAGAAGAAGUGGUGAUUCACUGAAUAUAUACGGGCCGGAAUUACAACACGAAAUGAAUUGAAGAUCUAUUUUUAAAAACAAAAUGAUUGCAGAGGAAGUACACAGAUCAUUACAAUGUCUUCAAUGGCUAAUGCCGCUGGUUAAUUAGCUGCUAGAUAAGGUCUAAUUAUUUUGUUUUUGUUUGUUUUUUGUUUUGUUAAAAUCAUGCAGCUUUUUAGAGAGCGUGUUAGUUUUUUGACAACUUUGAGAUUAUCGACGACCGAGCCAAAGAUGAGUCAUUCGGUUCAGCACAAAAAAAAAAAAUUAUAAAUAAAAUAGAAAUUUCGGAAACUAAACGCGUGAACAAAUUAAUAUUUUCUUUAUGACGUGUCCCAUUAUGACCACAAAUACCCAAGUAAAAGUAUCAUUUAAGUGUCUAAACAUUCUAUCCAACACACUAGCGAGGUAUUAAAGGGACCAAGUGUUAUGCCGAUCCACCACUCUAGCGAGGUAUUUCAGGGCACCAGUGUUAUGCCAAUCCAACCACUCUAGCGAGGUAUUUCAGGGCACCAGUGUUAUGCCAAUCCAACCACUCUAGCGACGUAUUUCAGGGCACCAGUGUUAUGCCAAUCCAACCACUCUAGCGAGGUAUUUCAGGGCACCAGUGUUAUGCCAAUCCAACCACUCUAGCGAGUUAUUUCAGGGCACCAGUGUUAUGCCAAUCCAACCACUCUAGCGAGGUAUUUCAGGGCAACAGUAUUAUGCCGAUCCAACCACUCUAGCGAGGUAUUUCAGGGCACCAGUGUUAUGCCAAUCCAACCACUCUAGCGAUGUAUUUCAGGGCACCAGUGUUAUGCCAAUCCAACCACUCUAGCGAGGUAUUUCAGGGCACCAGUGUUAUGCCAAUCCAACCACUCUAACGUGGUAUUUCAGGGCACCAGUGUUAUGCCAAUCCAACCACUCUAACGUGGUAUUUCAGGGCACCAGUGUUAUGCCAAUCCAACCACUCUAACGAGGUAUUUCAGUGUUAUGCCACGUACCGAACACGACACAUGGACGAGAUUUAAACCCCCCAUGAGUCACCUGUAAGAAGCCAAUAUUCUGACAGUGCCACUUGGGAGCUGCCCGAUUUUUUUUGGGGAAAAAAAAAUCACUACAUUGAACGCUAGCACUAAACACUCGUCGCUAAAAGCUUGUCACGACGGUGCACAUUUUCUCUAAUGCGCAAAGAGCACUUUUAGUUGAGACUUUCCGUCCACAAGAGCUGUUCACUGGCGUGACAUAAGACACGAAUGUGUCAGUGUCAGCGUGUACGCAAAUGAGCUGGCCGUCUAGACGGCAAGCGCCGAGAUACCAGCGCCCGCUGGCUUCAGGCGUUGAUUGUUCAGAAGAAAGUACCAAAGAGUCGUUGAAAAGGACCCUCGCACCUGUAGAUAAAUUAGAGAACGGGUCGUCCAUUUUUUUAUUGCGGGGUGCGUUGAUUGUUCAGAAGAAAGUACCAAAGAGUCGUUGAAAAGGACCCUCGCACCUGUAGAUAAAUUAGAGAACGGGUCGUCCAUUUUUUUAUUGUGGGGGGGGGGGUGGAGUAGUUUACCCACUAGCCAGAAUAUGGGGUCGGUAUCAUAACUAUAUUAGCAUGAGGAUUCGUACAAACAUUAAGUCUGUUUCAUACAAACAUGAAGACUGUUUUGAACAGACUUGACGACUGUUUCAUACAAACAUUACGAAAUUUACAUGCACACUUUACGACCGUUACAUACAAACAUUACGACUGUUACAUACAAAGAUUACGGCUGUUUCAUACAAACAUUAAGACUAUUACAUACAAACUUUAAGUCUGUUUCGAAAAAAAACAUUACGACUGUUAUAUACAAACAUUAAGUUUAUUUCGUACAAACAUUAAGAGUGUUACAUACAAACAUUAAGACUGUUUUAUAUAAACAUUACGAUUGUUAAAUAAAAACAUUACGACUGUUUCAUACAAACAGUACGACUGCUACAUACAAACAUUAAGUCUGUUUCGAAAAGACAUUACGACUGUUGUAUACAAACAUUACAAAUGUUAUAUACAAACAUAACGACUGUUUCAUACCAAAUUCAAGCCUGUUUCAUACAAACAUUAAGACUAUUAAGAAGACAAUGUAAAUUUUAGCGGUGUAUUUUUUCAUUACGUCUCAUGAACCUCAACCCCCACCCCAACCUUAACCCCUAACCAUCCCCCCAAAAGUAGACUGCCAUUCGCGAAACUUUUAGUCGUAUUUUCGAUUUAUAUUUGUCAUCCACCGACACAGACAUUUUUUUUUUAAAACUGUACAUUACGUUGGGCGUAAAAUGUGCACGGCAGUAAGUGGGACUUUCUGCAGAUGUGUGGAUGCAUUUGUCGUUGUUUAUUUGUAAUCUGAAACCUAGGACAGCGGACGUUGUAAUCCAUAAAUAAAAAUCCCGUUAACUGGAUAGGUGCCACGCCAUUGUUUAUGCUGCUAUUUACACUGAAAUUUUUAAGCGUCACAUUACACCCUAUUCACGCCCCUCCCUCACCACCCCCCCCCCCCCCCCCCCCCCCCCCCCNUUUAAAACUGUACAUUACGUUGGGCGUAAAAUGUGCACGGCAGUAAGUGGGACUUUCUGCAGAUGUGUGGAUGCAUUUGUCGUUGUUUAUUUGUAAUCUGAAACCUAGGACAGCGGACGUUGUAAUCCAUAAAUAAAAAUCCCGUUAACUGGAUAGGUGCCACGCCAUUGUUUAUGCUGCUAUUUACACUGAAAUUUUUAAGCGUCACAUUACACCCUAUUCACGCCCCUCCCUCACCCCCCCCCCCCCACCCGCAAAUGCUUCUGAGAGUUUACCUAUUUCUGUGCUUGAAAACGAAAGGAACAAUCCACACCUUACACCUUAUAAACCAUAAGAAAUAAACUCCGAAGGACAUCUGAAGUUUCUAUAAAAAACUUGCACUAGAAUUUCAUAAAAUCCGUGCUUCGGUCGGUACGUUCGGCCACCAACUGCUCAAAGAAUUGGGGAAAUUUUGCUUAGAAUAUAUACAUCGCAUUAUGAUUGAGGAAAUUUUAUAUCUAUAAAGAACAACAUUAAAAGCAAUGCUGUUGUUAUGUGUUAUCAUUGUUCAGAGAAGCAGUCCUAAUGUGUUAUCUGUUGUUCGUAUUUCUUGACACUUUUGACAUUUAAAAAAAAAUAUUCGUGCACCAACCCCGUGCUCAGUGUAGGUAGAGGAGCGAAGUGAGAAAUUUGAGAACUGGCAAUCUAAAAACAGCAACUUGCCGAUCUGAUUCGAAUUAUUCCAUGACAGGAAAGAAAACAAAACUCAAAGUACCAUUUGAAGACCAAAAAAGUAAACACCACCAAUAUUUCUGUGUACCAGGACAACAAACUAUCAAUGAAUGACAAUAACUUUUUAAAUAAAAUCAGAACCUGAUGUCGAAAUUUCAACUGUGUCUCUCCACACCUGUUUGAAAAAAAAAUAUAAAAAUGUGUUGUUGUUGUUGUGUUGAAACCAAGCCGCCAUUUCUAAACAUCUGUUUUGAAUGCUUUUUGGAAUUGUUGUAAGAAAACAGUAGAACAGGAUAUGAGAAACCUUGAAAGGAAAAAAAAAAUGAAACAAGUCAAUCUUAAAAGAACCUUUUGGCGGGAAACCUUCGUAAGCAGACUUUAAAUAAACAAAAAAAAUUAAAAAGGAGAGAAUAGUAAAUGUUAGAUUGCCAGUACCGGGGAAAGUUAUGUCCUAUUACAUAGCACGGUGAUGUUGUGACAACAUUUUGACGGGGAGGUUAUGUCCUCUUACAUAGCACGGUGAUGUUGUGACAACAUUUGGUCGGGAAAGUUAUGUCCUCUUACAUAGCACGGUGAUGUUGUGACAACAUUUGGUCGGGGAAAGUUAUGUCCUCUUACAUAGCACGGAGAUGUUGUGACAACAUUUCGUCGGGAAAGUUAUGUCCUCUUACAUAGCACGGUGAUGUUGUGACAACAUUUGGUCGGGAAAGUUAUGUCCUCUUAUAUAGCACGGUGAUGUUGUGACAACAUUUGGUCGGGGAAAGUUAUGUCCUCUUACAUAGCACGGUGAUGUUGUGACAACAUUUCGUCGGGAAAGUUAUGUCCUCUUACAUAGCACGGUGAUGUUGUGACAACAUUUCGGCGGGAAAGUUAUGUCCUCUUAUAUAGCACGGUGAUGUUGUGACAACAUUUUGGCGGUAAAGUUAUGUCCUCUUACAUAGCACGGUGAUGUUGUGACAACAUUUUGGCGGGAAAGUUAUGUCCUCUUACAUAGCACGGUGAUGUUGUGACAACAUUUCGGCGGGAAAGUUAUGUCCUCUUAUAUAGCACGGUGAUGUUGUGACAACAUUUUGGCGGUAAAGUUAUGUCCUCUUACAUAGCACGGUGAUGUUGUGACAACAUUUCGUCGGGGAAGUUAUGUCCUCUUACAUAGCACGGUGAUGUUGUGACAACAUUUCGUCGGGAAAGUUAUGUCCUCUUACAUAGCACGGUGAUGUUGUGACAACAUUUCGUCGGGGAAGUUAUGUCCUCUUACAUAGCACGUGAUGUUGUGACAACAUUUCGGCCGGGAAGUUAUGUCCUCUUAUAUAGCACGGUGAUGUUGUGACAACAUUUUGCGGUAAAGUUAUGUCCUCUUACAUAGCACGGUGAUGUUGUGACAACAUUUUGGCGGGGAGGUUAUGUCCUCUUACAUAGCACGGUAAUGUUGUGACAACAUUUUGGCGGGGAGGUUAUGUCCUCUUACAUAGCACGGUGAUGUUGUGACAACAUUUUGGCGGGAAAUUUAUGUCCUCUUACAUAGCACGGUGAUGUUGUGACAACAUUUUUGCGGGGAAGUUAUGUCCUCUUACAUAGCACGGUGAUGUUGUGACAACAUUUUGGCGGUAAAAUUAUGUCCUCUUACAUAGCACGUGAUGUUGUGACAACAUUUCGGCGGGGAAGUUAUGUCCUCUUACAUAGCACGGUGAUGUUGUGACAACAUUUCGGCGGUAAAGUUAUGUCCUCUUACAUAGCACGGUGAUGUUGUGACAACAUUUUAGCGGUAAAGUUAUGUCCUCUUACAUAGCACGGUGAUGUUGUGACAACAUUUUGGCGGUAAAGUUAUGUCCUCUUACAUAGCACGGUGAUGUUGUGACAACAUUUCGGCCGGGAAAGUAUGUCCUCUUAUAUAGCACGGUGAUGUUGUGACAACAUUUUGGCGGUAAAGUUAUGUCCUCUUACAUAGCACGGUGAUGUUGUGACAUUAUUUUAGCGGUAAAAUUAUGUCCUCUUACAUAGCACGGUGAUGUUGUGACAACAUUUUGGCGGUAAAGUUAUGUCCUCUUACAUAGCACGGUGAUGUUGUGACAACAUUUCGGCGGGGAAGUUAUGUCCUCUUACAUAGCACGGUGAUGUUGUGACAACAUUUUGGCGGUAAAGUUAUGUCCUCUUAUAUAGCACGAUAAUAUCGUGUAAACAUUUUGGCAGAAACGUUAUCCCCCCCCCCCCUCACAUCGCACGGUAAUACUGUAUCCAAGUGUGAGGUCUACUUCAUUCAGCGUGCCAAAUGCCCGUAUCUCUUCCGUACAAGACGCCUUGUUAAAGUUAUUUAAACAUUACAUUGUUGUUUUUCCGCGUGGCAUUGAAAAACAAACCCGCGUGCCCAAGUGUGACACGCGUGCUGUAGAUUCCGACCCCGUGCACUGGAAUAUCGCUGGGGGGGGGGCGCCAUGGCUGGUGAAUAUCGUCCCAUUUAAAUGAUUGAAACAGCAUUGCUGACACUGGGCUUCGAUAUAUUCCAAUUUCUACAAUGUCAGCAUCUGUCAUGGAGACUUAACCGAGUGUUUGAUAUAACCGUUUGAUUAUCAUAUUUUUGGUUUGGUAAUUGCAUUUUUUUAAAAAAUGUAAGUGCCCCCUCCUCCACUUUUUGGUGGCUUUCUGAUAUAGACACGGUUUGUGUUUGUGUAUACGCGAGACAUAGAUUCGUUACGUCCUAGUAUUGAAAUUGUGCGGCUUCCGUUUUCCGUUAGAAGGUCAUGACCCAUCGCCAACCCCGCCAUGUUGAUCUUGGCGUAGAUUCGCCAGCUUACUCCCCCCCCCCCCCCCCCCCCCCCCCCCCUUUCAUGGCUGAUUGGAUAUUCAUUUACAUACCCCCCCCCCCCACACAAUCACAGUAGGCGGCUGAAUAUGGGGGGAGGGGGGGGCCUGUCCACCGGGCUUUGAAAUGUCAGACAGUGAAAACCAAACCUGAAUGACACAGGACAGAGGCCAGUCAUAAUCGAAAGCUCGUAUUUCACCGUCUUAGUUGUUUUCUUCUUUCUGGCUUGCAGACGUCAUUCAUACCGUGCUUUAAAAAAAAAUAAAAUUAAUAUUUCAGCAGACGUUCAAUGAAAUGUGGACGUCUUCAAAGUAACGAUUUUUAAAACCAUGUGAUACAAAAAAAAAGACAGAUAUUUUUAUGCAAGAGUAAAUAACUGAAUGAUCGGUAUGCAGGAAAGUUCACUGCGUGCAUGUGACGUCAUGCCAUAAGCGUCAUCCCUACUAAAUCUGGCCACAUACUGUGUGCCUUCCAAUAUGGCCACGGUCAGAUCAUUAAUAGCAUAAAAGCCCUGACGUAACAUAUUUUAUGUUGGUUUUAUUUUUUAUUUUUUUUUUUAAAUUUUGAGAGUAAAGAAAAAUAACUGUAUGUGUCGCAACAGUCAUCCCAUGUUACACCAUUUCACUUUUUAAAAAACAUUUCUGCAUGAUCAGAAUACCUUCCAACAAAAACAUCCUGUUUGGCGGGCUCUCAUUACAAAGAAAGCAGGACCCCAUGUAAAUGCCAGCGGUUGCAUUUUACGAUGUUGUUUGUGUUGCCACCUCUCGCGAGGGUGACAAUCGUCGUCACACGUACAAAUCUGGAAGCCUAUUGUCAACCUGGCAAUUAGAGAAUCAAGCCCAAGGUGAACCGCUUGCGUCACAGGGCGGGAAGCAAGUGACCUUGUCAAUCAAGAGUCACGGCAAGCGCGUCCACCCCAGGUUCCUUCUAGCACCAUUCGAUUAAUUUUUCUCAUCUGUCAUACAUAAGUUGAUAUCUACCAAUUAGAGUUGACUGGUCAUUUUUUUUUUGAUCUCUAAGGUUCAAGCCGUAGAUUUGUUUUAUCCCUCCAAUCACCAGCUGAGAGACGCACUGUUUCAUAGUUGCAGUCAACCAUGCCACUCGGUAGCUGUACAAAUCUGUAGAUAGAAACACCAGAACGGACGACUUUGCACACGGCAGCGACACUUUGAAAAAAAGCGUCACGUCAAGCGAGGCAUAUUCAGUUCGAACAAACUUCGGUCAAACAAUUUUCCCUUUGAACACAUUUCUUAUUCAAAUCUACACAGUUUCUGUUCCAAUUAUACAGAAUCAUGGAACGGAGCUGCUGAAUAUCAUAUAGAAAUAUGACAAGUAGUUGCUGAAUAUCAUAUAGACAUAUGACAAGGAGUUGCUGAAUAUCAUAUAGACAUAUGACAAGGAGUUGCUGAAUAUCAAAUAGAAAUAUGACAUGGAGUUGCUGAAUAUCAUAUAGAAAUAUGACAAGGGCUUGCUGAAAAUCAUAUAGAAAUAUGUCAAAGAGUUACUGAAUAUCAUAUAGAAUUAUGACAAGGAGACGCUGAAAAUCAGAUAGAAAUAUUACAUGGAGUUGCUGAAUAUCAUAUAGAAAUAUGACAAGGAGUUGCAGAAUAUCAAAUAGAAAUAUGACAUGGGGUUGCUGAAUAUCAUAUAUAAAUAUGAUAAGGAGUUACUGAAUAUCAUAUAGAAUUAUGACAAGGAGUUGCUGAAUAUCAUAUAUAAAUAUGAAAAAGAGUUGCUGAAUAUCAUAUAGAAUUAUGACAAGGAGACGCUGAAUAUCAUAUAGAAAUAUUACAUGGAGUUGCUGAAUCUCAUAUAGAAAUAUGACAAGGAGUUGCUGAAUAUCAUAUAGAAAUAUGACAAGGAGUUGCUGAAUAUCAUAUAGAAAUACGACAUGGAGUUGCUAAAUCGCAUAUAAUAAUAAUAAUAAUAAUAAUAAUAAUAAUAAUAAUAAUAAUAAUAAUACUACUAAUAAAGUUCAUUUCAAAAACACGCUUCAUCCCCAAAGGCUCGAAGCGCGGUACAAAGUCAACGAAAUACAAAUCUAUAAUUUACCACAUUUAAAACAAACGCAACACUCCAAAAGCUAAUCACUAGCAUACAGUUGCAAAGUCUUUCUAGCCAUUUCAACCCCAUAGAAAUAUGACAAGGAGUGUCUGAAUCUCAUAUAGAAAUAUGACAAGGAGUUGCUGAGUAUCUUAUAGAAAGCCAAACAUGGCAAAGUACUGUUGCAAUUGCUGAUAACGUGUAUUCAAUGAUCCCAACCCCUCCUCCUCUAACCGCAGGAACAAUUCUGUUCUGUAAGGUUCUUUCGGCGUCUUUUGUGUCUCGUGUCUAGAUUCAUGUUCAAACUUCCCCUUUCUUUGCCAAGUGUAGUGUUGAAGUAAAUCCUUUUCUGUGUUUGUUGAAGAAAUGGAUUCGACCUUUGAGAUGCGGAUUGACUACAUCAAAUUGCCUAGCAGAGGUCCGCACAAUCUUCUUGACUGCGUAGAUAGAAAACAGGAUGUGUUGUCUUCAACUUUUUGACCCCCUUGCUAGCAAUUGUGAAAUUCUCUGCCGCUGUUGACGUUGUGAGCAUAAGCAGUGGCGAUAUUAAAUUGACAGAGAUCGAUCUAGUUGUUGUUAAAGCACAUAGCAGGGUGUCACCAGAUUACUGUACCACCGUGUCAGGUUGCCAUCUGAGCUUUAAGCAGACCCAGAAUUUGGACGGGGUGGGGGUGUCUAGAGGGGAUGAGGCUAUGAUUUUACAGCACUGGGUGACACCAACCCUACAGCCACCGAAAUACGCGCCGAGGAGGCCACUAUGACAUGUAUGCAAGACAACACGCGUGGUUGUACCAGCUGACGAGACAUUUGCGACCACAGCAUGUUGGCGCGUUUCUGGAUUACGACUUACAGGCGCAGUGAUACCAGAAGGAAAGUUCCGUUUAAAAGCAAUGCGCGCUUUUGAUAUAAUUUUAUUUAUUUCUAUUGAGCCGUCUUUAACUCAAGUAUUUUAAUUUUAACGACACCUGUUUUUUUUUACCCUGGUUGGCCGUACCUCUGUUUUUGGGGUCCACACGCGAUCGAACUUGAAGGCAUAGUACGCAUGUGGGAAAACGAUAUACCGAUCAUUAAAAUAAUUACCUUGUACCUCCGAACAAUGUGUAGACUUGGAAAUUAAGAUCUAUAAAUAGGCUCGGACCGGGCUGUAUUAAUGCUAUAUAACGCUGUAUAAUACUACAUGGCUUACGUGUGUGUGUGGGGGGGGGGGCUCUUAGAAGUGUGGGUGCUAGGGCGGUCGCCCUGUUUCCCACCCUACUAGCGCCGGCCGUGAUCAUUUUUAUAUAACCAUCGCUUUAUCAUUCUCUCUAUAACGUACGUUUUACGCCUUCUGUGUCAGUUACAUGUUUCAACAAACCUCAAACGUUGGGGGAAAAAAUAAAAUUCUGAUUCCAUUCCAGAAUUACCAUUGAGGGAAUGGCUGAUCGGCAGAGAGAAAAAAUAUCUGAAUAAGAAUGCGCCACAGAAAAAAAAAUGGGAGCGCACGUGCAGGAUUGUAAAAUAAACCGGAAGUGAUGGCAUUACGCAUCGAGCUGUUGAUGUAUUGAUUUGUUGGAUUGAUUUCUCAUUGAAUACCAGCUGACAGAAGUGCCGAUAGAAGCGCUGAGAGAAGUGCCGAUAGAGGCGCGAGGAAAUAAUAAUAAAAAUAAUAAAGAAAGAAUGUUGCAAUAUUUAUGAACUGCUGUUUGUACAUAUUUGAACCUUCACAUCGAUCCAAUGACGUUAUGAGCAAAGGGCUCACACUGUAACAGCAUAAAGAUUGUAGAAAGCCGUUUCUCAAAGAUUGGAUAUUAUAAAAUAGCUCAAAAGAUGUGUGUUUUGAAUAACGAUGAAUUUACAAUCUAACUCAUAUAUUGAGUUUAUGUUUUCAUAUAUAGAUUCUGUUCAGGGAAUGGUCCAGUGAGUAAAGCAAUUAUUGUUGCAUGUAUAACAGCAAAUUUAGAAUAUAAGACAGGAAUGCAGCAUGUAAGACAGUAAAUUUAGAACACACCACAGAAAAUGUAGUAUGAAAAUUUAGUAUCUAAGAAAGAAUUUGUAGUAUGUAGGACAGUACACGCAGAAUCUAAGAAUGUAAAUGUAGCAUGUAUAACAGUUAAUAUAGUAAGUAAGACAAGGGCAGUUUUGUAUUGUGAAAUACAAGAAAUGUCAAUGUAUUAUGUAAGACAAGAUCAGUCGAUGCGAUAGUUCACACUGAUUCCCAGGAACCAACUUCUCAGAUCCAUUAAACCCCAGCUUAUCAAUGGAGACGUCUCUUCCUAGCUGAUCAAUCUUUUUUGAAAAAAAAAAAAAAUUGGUCCCUAGGCUAUUUUUAUGUUUAUUUACUAAUUCAAAAGAGAGAUUGAAUUGUUCCCGAAGAGGAAGACAUUAUGAUAUUUAUUAUUACCAAUGUCCCACGUCUGUAUAAUUUAUUACGAUGUUUUUUAAAAAUUAAUAAACUAGAACUUUUUAUUUAAAGCGAUCUAUUUUUUAAUUUUUAUGUUCAUCCUCUUUCCAACACACCUUCAGUUUAACAUUCAGUAACGAUAUUUCUAUUAAUAUAAUCAUAUUAUCUAUAGCUUAAACAUUCAGUAACGAUAGUUCUAUUAAUAUAAUCAUAGAAUCUAUAGAUUACACAUGCAGUAACGAUAGUUGUAUUAAUAUAAUCUAUAGCUUAAACAUUCAGUAACGAUAGUUCUUUUAAUAUAAUCAUAUAAUCUAUAGCUUAAACAUUCAGUAACGAUAGUUCUUUUAAUAUAAUCAUAGAAUCUAUAGCUUAAACAUUCAGUAACGAUAGUUCUUUUAAUAUAAUCAUAGAAUCUAUAGCUUAACCAUUCAGUAACGAUAGUUCUAUUAUUAUAAUCAUAUAAUCUAUAGCUAAAACAUUCAGAAACGAUAUUUGUUUUAAUAUAAUCUAUAGCUAAAACAUUCAGUAACGAUAGUUCUUUUAAAAUAGUCAUAGAAUCUAUAGCUAAAACAUUCAGUAACGAUAGUUCUAUUAAUAUAAUCAUAGAAUCUAUAGCUUAAACAUUCAGCAAUGAUAUUUGUUUUAAUAUAAUCUAUAGCUAAAACAUUCAGUAACGAUAGUUCUAUUAAUAUAAUCAUAGAAUCUAUAGCUUAAACAUUCAGAAACGAUAGUUGUAUUAAUAUAAUCUAUAGCUUAAACAUUCAUUAACUAUCGUUCUGAUAGUGUAUUCCAUAGCUAAAAGAUUCAGUAACGAUUCUUCUAAUAAUAUAACCUGUAGCUUAAACAUUUAUUUAUUACUAAACAAAUUGCUUACAUCUUUACUUACAGGAACUAUUUCUUUUUUGUGCCUUCGCUCGAUACACUGAUAGAAGAGUUGAAUUAAAGUCAGUUUUGUUUUUCUUAUUCAAAGAUGAUCAAUCCGAACGUAAUGUUCGCAUCAUAUUUAUUUUGUUUCACAUCCCAUCAUCACGCCUUCCAAUCCCCAUUGCAUGAUUCCUUCACAAGGUAGCACUUGUAAUCAUUGAAAUAUCCUCAUCAGCACCAGGCACAGAAACAUCGCAAAUCCCCUCUACAUGCAUAGGAGCCAAAAUGACCAAUAAAUUGAUCGUGGGCCCUUAAUAUAUAGAAGAAGAAGAACCCUCACUAAUGUACUCAAAUUUAUUUGCAGGCGACGUCCGCACGAACCCGACUGCAACUCAUUCGAAUGGAAGACUAGGACGCCCCCACAUCUUAAACAUCACAGUUCAGAAGAUUAUGAUGGCGUCCAGUAUGCCUCGUCAUCAGCGUUCUUCCCCGGCCAACGCUAAACCCCUCAACAGUAAACUCGUCAACAAGAGUAGGCCUGCCAACGAGAAUUUGACGGGAAAUUCGUUUAAGCGGGACACGGUCUCCGAGAUGUCCCCGGAGGCCAAGAAAGCCAUGAUCUUGACCAAACAAGAAACUAAACAGAACUACACAUUGCCGAAAACAGUUCCCACCUCAAGCCUCACCAAGGCGAAUUCCUUCGCCAGGCUCAAACAAACUGCCGACAGCAACAACAACAACAGCAGCAGCAGCAACACUAAAGUCGGGAAAGAACCCCCAACGGGCACCGUCGCGGACAGGGCCAAGGGAAAAACGUUACCGCCAAAGAAACUGGAUUCUAACCGAAUCAGAAAAGUCACGGCGCAUUCCCUGGGCACGACCGCGGCGGUCACGGCCAGGUCACGGAGUACUUUGUCCCAAACGUUCUCGGCCAGCGACCACGACGGCAGCUUCGACGGCAACAACAACAACAACGACAAGACUCUCGGCACGGUGGCGUUGACAACGUCCACCCUUUGCCCAAAGGACAGCCUAGUGAGUGUUGUGAUCGUCGACGGGGAGGACAACGUGGCGUCCGAUCAGAACGAUAGUGAAACAAGUCGUGUAGAGAUCAGCGAGGACGGCCGGGGAAGCGCAAAAGAUGGCGUCUCGUUUGUGACACCCAAAGACGGCGUCGCAUUUGUGACGCCCAAGAGUUUUGUCCUGGCACUGAACCGCGCCCUGGAAGAGAACUGCAUCAGCCGCCUCCGAGGCGACAUCACAGACACCGUCGGCAUUUCAGAAACGGGCAAAGUGCGAGCCUUGGAUGGGGGGCGCCUGGCCAACGCCCAGGAGGUGGUGGUCAACUUACGCCACGAGGAUGACAAGGAGAUCGUCUUUGAGGACGACGACGAAGAGAGCCUGGACACCGCGAAAACCGUCUCGAAAAUCCGCGUGAGCAUCUGGAUGGAGUACAACGAGGGCUUCCCGCAGGACAACGAGUCGUACGGCGAGCUGAGCUACCCGGCGCUGUACGACCCGGAAGAUGACAUCACUGCAACCGGCGACGACACGAGGCGGCAGUCGCUAAAAGUGCCCAAGACUUCCGCUCCCACCUCGAGACGAGGGGAGGGGAAAGGAAACGUCAACAAGAACCUCCUGAGUCCGCGGAGCAGCAGCAGGUCAACGGGGAACGACAAGAACAACAACAACAGCAGCAGAUACGGGAGCUCGCAGUCUCUGUCGGGGACGAACAGUCUUCGCGGUAAUGUCUCUUCAAGGGUGGGAUCCGGCGUGACGGACCAGUCUAAAAUUAGCGGAGAGUCAGUGCAUAGGAAAAGGGAAAGUGCUUCAAGCAGGAAAUGAACAACAGUUAUUAAACAAUAUAAUAAUGAUCAUUUUUUUUUAAACGCUUAAACUUGGUGGUGGGGGUCUUCGAUUCAGUUUAAAUUAACGUUUUAUUGAAUUCAGUGUGACGCAAUAAUUUGCAACAUGACGAUAUUCUUUUCCGAUAUCUACCAAGACAUUUGAGAAGGA